AUGACAGGCGCGUAUACUAACCGAUAUACUACCAGAGAUCCUACAUACAUGCCAAUUUCCCUUAUUUUGUAUUUUAAUGACGAAAGAAUCCUUCCACCCAACACCAUUGACCCCGAUGCCUCCAGCAAACUUAUAUCAUCAUCCGCACAGUCGAAUUCUAUCACAGUUGUAGCUAUGGACAAGCGGGAAUCUACGGCAAUGCAACACGUGAUCUCGGUGGAACCGGACCGCGGCAACGCUCCCAUCGUUCUGGCUGUUAUUCACAAAAUCCGCAUAACCCCAAUUGGGUUGUUUAACGCUUAUCCUUUACCUCUUUCCUAA